UUGACUGAUAGGCGAAGCAGUCCCGGUUCAACACCACGAGAUCUUCCGCUUAACAUUUCUAGCUGUUUUGGAUAUUUUUGCAGUGUUUUAUUCUCAAUAGGUGUGUGUGUAGGUGCAGGUGCAGGUGCUGUAAUGGCGGAGGAGAUCCUAUGGCCGCGGGAGGCAGGCCGGUUUGUGUCUGAGCGCAGUCGUGACGUCCAUGUGUGUGAGGAGGGUGUGUCACGAGUGGCAGAGAUGCUGUACGGCCUCAGACACAGCGAGGUCCUCAGUGCGCGUGGGUGGAGCCGCAUGAACCCCUUAGCCCCACCCCCAGGUGGUGACGCAGCUCUCAAUUGGCUGCUGGUGGUCGACACCAUGAACUUCUCCUUCUGGCCAGAUGACCCAGACAAGCAGUGUGAGGUCAUAUGCCGGGGCAAAACCUACACCGGCUACAUGGCACUGUGUGCAGCCAUCACCAGAGCACUGGACGAGGGUGUACCCAUCACAGACCCAGCGUAUUUCUCAAAGAUGAGUCUUGAGGACUUGGGCAGGGUGCUGCGCUCAGACAGUCAGGUCCCCAUGCCGAUGCUCAGCGAACGCCAUAAAGCCCUGACGGAGGUUGGCCGUGCCAUACUCACACACUCGGAGUCAUUCCGCUGCUUCCUGGAACCCUGCAACAACAACGCCCUCAAGAUGGUUCAGCGCAUCGUGGAGCUCCUGCCCUCCUAUCGGGACGAAGCCGUCUUUGAGGGCCGGAGGGUGGCGUUGUACAAGAGAGCUCAGAUCCUGGUGGCUGAAGUGUGCUGUGUGCUGGAGGCUGGUGGCCAGGGCGGUGUCUCAGAUAUGGAUCAGAUGACCAUGUUUGCAGACUACAGAGUACCACAGGCGCUUGUCCACUUCGGCGUGCUACGGUAUUCAGACGGAUUAAUGGACACUCUCAAGAAGGGUGAGUUGCUGGACUCUGGUGAUAGAAGAGAGGUGGAGAUCCGUGGCUGUUCCAUUGACUCUGUGGAGCAGAUUAAGGAAAAGCUGGUCCAGUUGAUGGCUCAGCGUGACGGAGAGGUGUGCCACAUCAACUCUGCCCUCAUUGACUUCUUCCUGUGGCCUUAUGCAAAGGAGCACCACAAGGAGAUGGCCCACAUCCCAAUCCACCACACACGCUGCAUCUACUACUGAUCUGAAGUCAGCUGUGAGCAGAUUUGAAUCCUGUUCAAGAGCCUCGUUUGUAUAAUAGUUGAAUAAAAAAAAGUUGUUUAUCUUCUGUGAA